AUGGAUACGAGCAUGGGAACUGAAGUCGAUGGUGCUGGAGCUGAGGUUCACCCGACACGAAUACAUUCUGAGGAACAAGCCUUUGUUGGCGAGCAAGACGAACCCCUUGCCGCUGAAACUGACAAAAAGGAGGCGAACGAGGAAAGCAUGCAGGUCGACAGAGCAGAAGAAGUUUCAAUAUCGAAGCAGCACGAAGAUUGGAUUCGAAAUGUCGAGGAAGUGAUGCGAGUCGAUCGAGUUAACGCUGACCUGGCUGCUGCUGCUGCUGCCGUUAUGGACCGACCAUCCCUCCCCCCCUCCGCAGAGGUUCCCCAAGAGAAAGACUUGUCGGCGCCGUCCAGGCAAGCGCCGGAGCCAAGUUUGCCAUCAGGAGAAGCCAAGGCAGAGGAGGAAGAGUCCAGCGAUUGGUCGGACAGUGAGGACGAGAAGGUCGAAGUCCAAGAGCAAGUGAACCAGGAGUCUGGAGACGAAGAUGGUUCGCAUGCUACUGAAGCUCAACUGCGAACCAAGAACGAGGUUGAACCGCCGGUACCGUCCAUGGAGGUCGCGUCUGUUGACGGGCCGAUCGAACAACUCGGGAGCAUCUCGGCGGUGGUGGAUGCGAGCGUAGUGAUUCAAGCACAAGCGGGAGUACCGGCGCUGGACGAAGGGGCGGUGAUCUGCUUCGAGGACAAGACUGCUGUUGGGCUUGUCGCUGAGAUCUUCGGGCCCAUCUACGAGCCUUUCUAUAUCAUCAAGUUCAGCAGCCCAGAGCACAUGGACAAGGAUCGGUUGGUGGUCGGCAAGGUUGUCUUCUAUGCGGUCGAGAGCGCCAAGCCCGUUGACAGAGCUGUGUGUCAAGUGAAGGGGUCCGACGCCUCCAACAUGUUCGAUGAAGAACCAGGAGAAGAUGAAAUCGAGUACAGCGACGACGAGGAGGAGGCUGAGGCGAAGAAAAAGCUCAAAGGCAGGAAGAACAAGAAUCGAUCGCAUGCAAGCAACGACUCAGCGAAUCCGCAAGCAGCUGGACGAGGGAUGAGGCACAAGGAUUCUCGUCCAGCUCAGGCUGUACAUGGCAACGCGGGCAUGGCGACUGCGAUCCCUCCCAUGCCCCAGGCAGCCAUGAUGUGGCCAAACCCUGCUAUGCUCGGAGCUGCCGCUUCCUACCCGGAGUUUCCGGGUAACCCCAGCUGGCAGCCCUUCAGGCAUCCGUUCCCGCAGUUCCCCAUGCUGUAUCCCAUGCCCCAACAGCAGUUCCCCCAGGUUCCUGGGCAGCCGAACCCUUACUACUUGGGGCAACCAGGAGGAGGAGGCUGGCAGCAGAAGCCGGGCUGA